CUGUCACGGAACCAGGAGAACGUAAAGAAAAUGAAAACAGAUCAUGACCAAGGUCUGACGAUUCAUGAGUCAUUACUCAAUUUGAAUAUUCAGCACUCACACUGAGAUUUUCUUAAUAGACAACGCUUGAAAAUCACGACAUUCAAAUUGCAAGUUCAAGAGAAUAGUCAUGAAUGUAACAAGCGCAUCGCUAGAGGGAGAAAACAGUUCAUUCGAAACUACAACAAGCAGUGCAGCUGAAGCACUAGUAUCGUACGUAUCUGACUGUGGUAAUAGUACAAGUGAGACCAUAAUUCCAAAGGCAGUCACGAUGUCAUUUUAUUGCGUCGUUCUGUUUCUCUCAGUUCUUGGGAACUCCCUGCUUAUCUUUAUCAUCAAGAGAAACAAGCGGAUGCAAACAAUAACCAAUUAUCUGAUCGCCAAUAUGGCAGUAUCUGACUUAUUAUUAAUAGUUCUGGCAACACCGCGACAAAUAAUAGAAGAAUCGUUUGGGCCUCGAAGAUGGCUCAUUAGCGGAAGCUUCGGUUCGUUUCUCUGCAAAAGUCUUUCUUUCUUCCAAGAUAUUUCAACAGCAGUGUCAAUUUUGAGUCUCGUCGUCAUAGCAAUCGACAGAUACAGAGGAAUUGUGUUUCCAUUGCGAAAACCAUUCAUAAAGCCGGCUAAACUCUACAAAGUUGUCAUACCGUUGAUAUGGCUCUUUUCGAUGAGUCUUCACGCACCUUACUUCUACAUUUAUGGCACAACCACAACUGAUGACAAAACAUAUUGCAAUCAGUUGAGCUGGGGUCCUAAAUUAGAUUUUAAGAAAAGUCAAAAAAUAUUUUUUAUGAUAGUAUUCAUUUGCGUUAUAGCUAUUCCUGAAUGUAUCGUCAUAUCACUGUACUCUGCUAUCAUAUUCAGUCUUAAAAGAAACGCAAUUGCAACAUGUCAGGGUUCUUCAAAUAGCAUGGCAGCUCGAAGGCUACAGGAGGACAUAAAAGUUGUGAGGAACAUCAUAGCAAUACUUAUUGCCUUUUUUGUAUCUACUAACCCGUUCAUCGUAGUGGCUUUCAUGUUUCAUUUCGUCUGGGAUUUCAAAAUACCUUGUAAUAUGAAGGUUUUCGUCUUUGUAGUCCAUUUAAUAUUUUAUUUGCAUGCAUUAGUAAAUCCUUUCAUUUAUUAUAUUUUCAACGACAAAUAUCGACAGAGUUUUCUGAAAAUCUUCCGCCAAGUCUCUCUCUCCUUCAGUUGCAAAAAGAACAGAAAAAAGAAGAAAAACUCACGGAAUUUGAUCGAAACUUCAAUGUGACCAACGACAGAUAACUGCAGACUCCUAGAAAUAAUUCAUUUUAUCCUUUCGUAAGUGGAUUCACACCGAAGACCGGUAAAUGUUGUCAAAUGACGAACUGAAUUUUUCAAGAGCUGGGGUACAGAGGUACUCAUUUCUUAUUUCGACAUCACCUUGACAAGUUCAGUAGUAAACAAUUUUCACAAAAAAUUAGAACACUUUUGUUCGAAUUCAUGGUUUCAGUGAAUGAUAUUCAUAGGGUUGAUACAUAAAUAUGCAAAUAACGACUCUUUUAAUAACUGAUGGUAUCGAUCACUAGUUUAUAAGUGUUAGAGAAGUUGGUUGUUUCGAAACUUUCUGUUCACUUUUGUUUUCUGACAGAAAAGGAUGUCUGUUAUGCUUGUGUUAAAAGAAUCAAAUGAUAUAAAUACAACUCCCUCUAAGAGUUAAACGUCACGGAAAAUGGAGAUUUGGAGUUACUCAUUAUCUAUUCAAGGAUAAUCUUAAAGGGAAGUCGCAUACUGCAUAUAACCGGGAGAAAAUGUGAUGUACAUCAUGUGCUUCAUUUUCAUUGCUUUUGUUUGUGUUCUUAUCGGUUUAUCUUUCUCACGCUCGUGACAGGAUGAAAAACAUCUUUCUGAACUUGUAAUUAGAUGCGAAAGGAGCUAUUGGUAAUUACAAAAACAAUGUUGAUUAUGAAUAGAAACUUUCAGUUUUGAGGACCGUUCUAGAGCGAAACCGGAAGGGAUGAUAUUUGUUUCAACCCGUAAUCUAAUUUUGCUAGCAGGCAAGGGGUGAUUUGGAGGAAAAACUUACUCCGCGAUCGAGAACGAAGAUGGAAUUUCUGUCGAAGUGACACAAAGAUUCUGUAGGAAAAACACGCUGUUUUCUUUGUGUUAAAAGCAACUGUAGGUCAGGGUCACCGGUUCAUGUUUGUGUGGAAAGUUACAAUCAAUUUGGAAAG